AUGCGAAGCAGUAACCUCGUGGCAAUUCGGAACGUGGAGUACGCGGUGGGCACGAUGGCGAUGCUGUUCUUGGCCGCCUACUACCGCGCCUACUCGGAGCUCUAUAAGCACUACAAGAAGAACCUGGCCACUUAUAGGCAUCAUCAUGACCGCAGGCACCGGUACUACGAGAUGAAACGCAUCUGCUACUACCUGCUUCCCCGGGAAGGUGGUGCCACCUUUCGGUCAUCACGGCUGAGCCCUGACGCGCUCGACGACAGCCUGUGCACGCACGUUGUGGUUGGCGGACUGGUAGUGUCACGUGAGGGACGAAUGGUUCCCAUGCUUCCAACGCACGAGGACGUCAUCGCCAAAUUAUCGGGCACCAAGCUCAAGGUGCUGCUCUCCGUGGCUGCGCAUGGUCCCGGAGCACUGUCACAUGUGGUCGCCUACAGGUGGACCAGACUCAAGUUCAUUCGGUCUGCGGUGCGCAUGGUGCAGCGGUAUCACCUGGGUGGCAUUGACUUUGAGUGGGAGUUCCCGGAGUGGUUGAGCGGACACAUUGGCGACCGGUACCUGUUCAGGCUUCUCUUACAGGACUUCCGUACAUACAUCAACGGGACGAAGAAGGACUUCCUGCUGAGUGCCAGUAUUUCUGCCGUUCCAGCACUCAUGGUAUCCGCCUACGAUGUGCACGGGCUGGCUAGGCACCUGGACUUCAUCAACUUGAUGGCGUACGACCUGGAUUUUGUCCACCGUUGGCGUCCAAACACCAGUCAUCACAGCCCUUUAUUUCCCAAGCUGCUUAACAAGCAUGAUGAACGAACAACACACAGUGUGGUGUCAGCGGUGCAGCACUGGGCCGAUCUGGGCAUGCCGCACGAGAAGAUGGUGCUCGGCAUUCCUCUUUAUGCUCGCGUCUACCGACUCGCCCACCAGUCGGAAAAUGGCUGGGACAGCAGGGCACUGGCAGUGACCGUCCUUCCUUUCAACAAGGUGUGCCAGUUACUGAAGAGAGGGGCCGUGACCGUCAUGGACAAGACGGCUUAUGCGCCACACGCAUACUUAGGGGACAUUUGGAUAUCUUACGAGAGCGUCGAGAGCACCGUGCUGAAGUGUCUAUGGGCGGAUUCAAUGGGUCUUGGCGGCGUCAUGACGUACGCCAUUCAAAUGGAUGACUGGGAAGGGAAAUGCGACAACAAUACCAAGUUUCCCAUUCACAAAGCUAUAUGGAAGACAAUUGGGUGAAGUGCACCUCACUUGUGCAACUAGUGGGCCAAGUGGAUCAUACAUCUGAUGAGACAUGGCAAGCGGAGUGAGCGGAAGCUCACAAGUAAUUAAAGAAAACAUUCUACUGCAAGACAUGCAAAAAUAGGCACUGCUGCGUGCCUCAAAAAAAAAAAAUAUUGCUGGAAAUUCCUCUGUCUUUUUUCGUCUCGUUUUUGUCUGCGUGUCAAGCUUGCGCUGCAAAGAUGCAUGCAAGCUAUAGCAAUCGACAGCAAUAAAGUAGC